GUCAUGUUGCAGAGAGAGAGAUAGAGGAGAAGAAGAAGACGAAGAAUUUGAGAGGAGAGAGAGAGGAGAGAGACAGCUCUUCCUUAUCCUCCUCUCAGUUCUAUCCCCACAAACAAACAUAAAAAAACUAGAAAUAUAAUAUAGACAUUACCGUAACCACUUCUCCAGAUCGUUAUCCCAAUCUCCCUUUUCCCAUACCCGUUCUGUCUUUUUUCCAGAUCCCAACGCAUUACCAGAGCCACUCCCAUCUCUAUCUAAUUCCACAAUUGUAUUUAAUACUAGUAAUGGAGUAAUACAGAGAAAGAGACAGGCCUUAAUUAUUUAUUAAGAAAUCUGUUUUCUUGACUUUUCAGUCGGUGGUCAUUGUCAAAUUCUUCACUAUUUGCCAUUCAAAUUGACAAACCCUUUUUGUCUCUUUGGACACAUUGGAUCAAUUCCUGUAUCUUCUUCUUCAUAAUCCAAAUCCUUAUAGGGGUCCAAGAGGUUGGCAUUUUUGUCUUUGAUUUCGUUUUUCUUUCUUUCUGUUAAUUAGGAGCUCGUUUAAUUGGUUGCUGAAUGUAUAUUUUGAGCCCAACGGAGAAAACCCAUUUGUGCUCUUUCUUUUUUGGAAAUAACCCAUUUGUUAUGUUGUCUGUAACUUAUUGAUUUAAGAGCUAAAGAAAAAAUCUUUGUUAAACCAAACCCAGUUCUUUGUUCCAGGGAAAGCUUCAUUUUUUGGAUUAAUUAUUGCAUACCCAGAGAUUCCUUUCUUAGAACCAUCGGUGUUAAUUACAAUCCAUUUGUUGUCAAGACAUGGAUAUAAGUAAUGAGGCCAGUGUUGAUCCAUUCUCAAUUGGGCCUUCAACCAUCAUGGGUAGGACAAUUGCUUUCAGAAUCUUAUUCUGCAACUCGAUUUCGCAUUUUAGGCAACAUAUCUUUCACCUGUUGAUAUAUUACUUCCAUGGGGUUAAGGGUUAUUUGAAGAGCCAUUUGAUACCCAUGAUCUCAUGGCUCCACCCUGGGAAUCCACAAGGGGUUCUAGCAUUGGUGACACUUAUAGCUUUCUUGUUGAAACGGUACACGAACGUGAAAUUGAAGGCUGAGAUGGCAUAUAGGAGGAAAUUUUGGAGGAAUAUGAUGAGAGCUGCCUUAACCUAUGAGGAAUGGGCUCAUGCUGCUAAGAUGCUAGAUAAGGAAACCCCUAGGAUGAACGAGUCGAACCUUUACGACGAAGAAUUGGUUAGGAAUAAGCUCCAAGAGCUUAGACACCGUCGCCAAGAAUGUUCAUUGAGAGAUAUCAUAUUUUGUAUGCGCGCUGACCUUGUUAGAAACCUUGGUAACAUGUGCAACCCUGAGCUUCAUAAGGGCAGGCUCCAUGUGCCUAAACUGAUACAGGACUAUAUCGAUGAGGUUUCGACUCAAUUGAGAAUGGUUUGUGAUUCCGAUUCGGAGGAGCUUCUGUUGGAAGAGAAACUUGCCUUUAUGCAUGAAACAAGACAUGCUUUUGGAAGGACUGCUUUGCUUUUGAGCGGGGGUGCUUCGCUUGGCGCUUUCCACGUUGGUGUGGUGAAAACCUUGGUGGAGCAUAAGGUUUUGCCUCGGAUUGUAGCGGGGUCCAGUGUUGGGUCAGUUAUGUGUGCUGUUGUGGCCACUAGAUCUUGGCCUGAGCUCCAAAGCUUCUUCGAGGAUUCUUGGCACUCUUUGCAGUUUUUCGACCAAAUGGGUGGGAUUUUCACGGUUUUCAAGAGGGUGAUGACUAGAGGAGCACUGCAUGAGAUCAGACAGUUACAAAUACUGUUAAGGAAUCUCACUAAUAAUCUCACAUUCCAAGAAGCAUACGAUAUGACUGGGCGAGUUUUAGGAAUUACGGUUUGCUCACCAAGGAAACAUGAACCUCCUAGAUGCCUUAAUUAUUUAACUUCGCCUCAUGUUGUCAUAUGGAGUGCAGUGACUGCCUCUUGUGCCUUUCCUGGGCUUUAUGAAGCCCAGGAACUGAUGGCAAAAGAUAGAAGCGGAGAAAUUGUUCCAUAUCACCCGCCGUUUAAUUUUGAUCCUGAUGAUGCUUCUGGGUCUUCACCACGUAGGUGGAGGGAUGGAAGCCUGGAGAUAGAUUUGCCCAUGAUGCAGCUGAAGGAGCUUUUCAAUGUCAAUCAUUUUAUUGUGAGUCAGGCGAAUCCUCAUAUUGCGCCUUUACUUAGGAUGAAGGAUAUUGUCAGAGCCUAUGGAGGUAACUUCGCUGCUAAGCUUGCUCAUCUAGUCGAGAUGGAGGUGAAACACAGAUGCAAUCAGAUCCUGGAACUUGGUUUUCCACUUGGGGGGCUCGCCAAGCUGUUUGCGCAAGAUUGGGAGGGUGAUGUCACUAUUGUAAUGCCUGCUACCUUAGCUCAGCUAUCCAAAGUCAUACAGAACCCAUCUUAUUCAGAGCUUCAAAAGUCCGCCAACCAAGGACGGAGGUGCACGUGGGAGAAGCUCUCUGCCAUAAAAGCCAAUUGUGGGAUCGAGCUUGCUCUAGACGAAUGUGUGUCAAUUCUAAACCACAUGCGUAGACUCAAGAGGAGCGCAGAGAGAGCUGCCGCGUCCUCUCAUGGCCUAGUUAGAUUCCACGCUUCUAAGAGGAUUCCGUCAUGGAACUGCAUUGCAAGGGAGAACUCCACUGGGUCCCUCGACGAAGACGUCCUAGUUGACAUUCAUCAAGGGGGGGUGGGGUCCACGGGAAGUCACUCCACCCGGAACUCGCGGAUCCACCGUAACGUACAUCACGAGGGAAGUGAUAGUGAAUCGGAGAGCGCUGAUCUCAAUUCUUGGACAAGAUCUGGCGGUCCUUUAAUGAGGACGACUUCAGCAGAUACAUUCGUCGAUUACGUCCAAAGUUUGGAUAUUGAUGGAAAACUGAGCAAAGUACAUCAGCCUAAUGAUUUCCUUGUUCAGUUGGUAGGAAAGGAUCCGAGCGAUCAGAAUUAUAGGGUUGCAACCCCUGAUAGAAGCUUGGACGUGGAAUCCAAUCAAAGAGAUUUCCCUAACAUAGUUGUUGCGAACAGUUCAAGCAUCAUGGUUGCCGAAGGUGAUCUUUUGCAGCCGGAGAGGAUUCCUAACGGGAUCGUUUUCAAUGUGGUGAAGAAGGAAGAUUUUACCCCAACAAACAGGAGUCACGAUUCGGAAAACAACAGUCCGUCGUAUACUUCGGUCGCAGAGGAAUGCACACAACUCGAUUGUCCAGAAAAGGAAAUUGAUAUAAGCUCCGAGUCUGAUUUUGGCGGCAAUGAAGCAGAUUUCGACGGUUAAAGAAUUAACGAUGAUUUCUUGAUAAUUUUGUCUGAUGCAACUGGAUGGAGUUGAUCGAGCGCUGGAGUUGAAACUGAAGUUUCUGCACUACCAGCAGAAGAGUAGGGUGUUUUUCGCUUCGCAACAGAAAAACAGAACCGAAAACACGUAACAGAACAAAAUAAAUGAAAUCAAAGCAUCACCAUGUAGGAGAUGCAGUUGUAAAUAUUAGCAGUGUGUUGUCGUUUGUAGUUUGGGAAUCAGAUGUUUUUGAGUGUUGUAGUUCUUUUGGCUACCUUGUUUAGUGGUGGUAGUGUCAUAUGGCAUAGCCAUGCUGCAGCCAUCUAAAUUGCCGUUAGUUAUCAGCAUUAUAUUGUUUUCAGUUUAUUUUAUUUUGAUCCGAUAGAUUGUUUUCAUUUGAAAUCUGUUCGUUUGGUCAUACUGUUAUACAGGAAUGGUGAUUCUUGUAAUCAAAAAGUUUCCUGUGUUACCUUUUUACAUUUUCUCCUCUUUACUUGGGUGAAUGAUGAUGAUGUGGUAAAAUUUGGAAGUGAAGAAAUUUUUGUGCAACAGGUGCACCUAACCAGCUUCUUUUUUUUUAAGGAAACGCAACUUAGAAUUGAUAAAAUCAGAUACAAAUUGUGCUGACCCAUAGGCCCGAAAAUAAUAGAUACAAUAAGGACCCAAAAGGUCCGAAGGAAAAAAGAAACAAAAAGGAAAUAAAUAAGCAAAAAGCAGCAAAAUUGAAUAGCUGCAGUGUUGGAGACCACCUAUCCACUCGUGGAUGUGGCUAGAGGAACUAGGAAGAUGGAAGAAUCACAUCGUACGCGCUGGAGCUCAACGGCCUUUCAUCCCACCCCGCUGCAGUCGCCGCUGCUUGGCGCCGCCACCGCUACUGCUGGAGAACCCACAAAUCCAUCAUCAAAACUAAUUGAAUUUGAGAGCCGUAAACGCAGAGUUAAUUUCCCAAAUUUGGGCUCCCCGAGUUAAAAAAUGGAGAAAGUGGGAGAACUUCUCUCCAUAAAAAGAGAGUCUCAACCAUCUCACAUCGAUAGAGGUGGGAGAGGAGAGCAGAGGAAAGGAGAGAAACUAAGAAAGAGUCCGAAAGCGUGGGGGACUGAAAGAGAAGAGUGAAGGAAGAGAAAAUAGGGAAAGUGAAGAAAUUACCCCAAACUCUCUCUCUCUCUCUCUCUCUCUCUCUCUCUCUCUAGAACUUCCCGACCUCUGUUUGUCCACACCA